UCUCCAAAUCCUUUGUUGGGAAACACUUAAAAUACACACAUUUACAGUGUACGUCACUGUGUGUAUAUGUGCAGGAGAACAGUGAAAAAGAAACCACCAUUUGUCAAGAGCUACAGCUAAUCUCCACAGUAUAUAUACGUACGUAGUUUAUAUAUGUAUAUCUUUCCUCGUGAUCUGUGCAUUGUCUACGUGAUAUGCUCGGAGGAGGCUGUAGUUUUUGGUGGCAGCUAUUGCUAUUAAAGGACCCUUUUGAUCAUUUAUUCAUAUUGUAAUUGGAUCUUGAGAGCGACCCUUUUGGAUAUACAGUCCGUUUUGGUGAUAUAAGUGUCAAAGUUUCAACCUUUUUGGUUAUUUUCUUGGAAAAUUGAAUGACAAAGUUAUGAGGAUUUUCUCAGCUUUCUGGGCUAUUUUCAGUGGACUUAGCUUCAAAAGUGGCUUUGGUUUUGCUUUGGAGAUAGAUAAAGCAUCAUAGCAAAGGUUUUUUUCUGCUACAGUGCUACAGAAUUGUCCAAUGGAGAAGGACUUGUGACAAAAAUGGAUCCUCAAGCUUUCAUAAGGUUGUCAAUAGGUUCACUGGGUUUGCGACUUCCUGGGACAGAACUGAAUUCUUCUAAGUCUGGAAUUAAUGCUAUCUCUUCUCCAUGUGUGUGUGAGAUUCGCUUACGUGGUUUUCCUGUGCAGACCUCCUCUAUUCCCUUUCUAUCCUCUCCUGAAGUUACCCCAGAUGCUCAGAGUGUUGCCUCCAGCUUUUACCUAGAAGAAUCUGAUCUCAAAGCAUUGCUGGCCCCAGGCUGUUUCUACGCAUCUCAUGCAUGUCUGGAAAUAGUAGUUUUUAGAGGGCGCAAAGGUACACAUUGUGGUGUUGGUAUUAAAAGGCAACAGAUUGGAACUUUUAAGUUGGAAGUUGGUCCUGAAUGGGGAGAAGGAAAACCGAUUAUACUUUUCAAUGGGUGGAUAGGUAUUGGCAAGAGCAAGCAGGGUAGUGCAAAACCUGGAGCAGAGCUUCAUUUAAGAGUGAAGCUAGAUCCUGAUCCAAGAUAUGUGUUUCAGUUUGAAGAUGAGACCAGAUCAAGUCCCCAGAUAGUUCAGCUUCAGGGUACAUUUAAGCAGCCUAUUUUCAGUUGCAAGUUUAAUCAAGACAGGGUAACCCAGUUAGAUCCGCUGAGCAACUUCUGGUCACAUUCAGUUGACAGUUCUGAUCAGGAUGUAGAAAGAAGAGAGAGGAAGGGAUGGAAGGUGAAAAUUCACGAUCUCUCUGGCUCAGUUGUUGCAGCAGCCUUCAUAACUACUCCAUUUGUGCCUUCAUCAGGCUGUGACUGGGUAGCAAAAUCCAACCCAGGAGCUUGGUUGAUUGUUCGGCCUGAUGCUUGCAGGCCUGAGAGCUGGCAGCCAUGGGGAAAGCUUGAAGCAUGGCGUGAACGUGGCAUCAGAGACUCCAUCUGCUGUCGCUUCCACCUUUUAUCUGAAGGACAGGAGGGUGGGGAGAUCCUCAUGUCAGAGAUAUUGAUUAAUGCUGAAAAGGGUGGCGAGUUCUUCAUAGAUACAGAUAGACAGGUGAAAGCUGCAGCAACUCCAGUUCCAAGUCCACAAAGCAGUGGUGAUUUUGCUGCACUAAGUCCUGUCCAUGGUGGGUUUGUUAUGAGCUCUAGGGUACAAGGAGAAGGGAAACGUUGCAAGCCCCUGGUGCAACUAGCCAUGCGAUAUGUGACUUGUGUGGAGGAUGCAGCCAUUUUUAUGGCUCUUGCCGCUGCUGUUGAUCUCAGCAUUGAGGCUUGCAGGCCUUUCCGAAGAAAGGUAAGAAGAGGUAAUCGCCAUUCUUGGUGAUAUGUGUUUUUGAUGCUCAUUUACGUUUCAUGAACUAAUGGAUCAUCCUUGUAUUACUUCUGAAUUAUGUAACAAUUUGACAUGGUGUACAUAAUCAAUCUAGUUUCAUUUACAUUUUCAA